UGCUCGUUCAAUCCUGCCUUUUUCCUCUUCCGAUCGCCGCCGGCCACGAUGAAGUACAACCCACGCGUGUCGAGCUCGAGGCGGAAGUCCCGGAAGGCGCACUUCACGGCGCCGUCGAGCGUCCGGCGGGUGCUGAUGAGCGCGCCGCUGUCGGCCGACCUCCGCAACAAGUACAACGUGCGGUCGGUCCCCGUGCGCAAGGAUGACGAGGUGCAGGUGGUGCGCGGCACCUUCAAGGGCCGCGAGGGCAAGGUCGUGCAGGUCUACCGCCGGAAGUGGGUCAUCCACGUCGAGCGCAUCACCCGCGAAAAGGUGAACGGCUCCACCGUCAACGUCGGCAUCAACCCGUCCAAGGUCGUGAUCGUUAAGCUCAAGCUCGACAAGGACCGCAAGGCCCUCCUCGAUCGCAAGGCCCGCGGCCGUGCCGCCGACAAGGCAAAGGGCAAGUUUUCUGCUGAGGAAGUCGCCGCCGCCGCUGCUGGUGCGCCAUCUCUUCAGGAGAUCGACUGAUCUAGACGAUCCGAUGCUUGUUCGACCCGAUCGGUCCGCCCUCACUCACUUACCUACUGGAUUUCUGCCAUCAUUUUGCAUUAGGGUUUGCUUUCUUGAUAUAUAAGAGAUGCCAUGGAAUUUUGAGUUCGUGAAAACACAUAUUUCGAGCUUUUAAUAGUGACCGUUAGAUCGUAAAUUAAAUCAAUGCUCUUAAAUUCUCUGGUGA